AUGCAAGCCGACCUCGAAUCGCAGCGCGGACGCCAGGGCGUCGUAUCUACCGGCCGUGGUGGCGCAGGCAAUCUUAUGCGGUCGCCCAGCCGUGGGCUCGAGCCUGAGAUCGCUCCUGGCUCUGAGCGGGGCAGGGAGGCGACCCAGCGAGACCUUUCCGGCGACAGGGCGGUCCGUUCAGGCCGUGGAGGCGCAGGCAACAUCCGCUCUCCCUCGCGCGACCCCACCACCCGGAUCGCCGAAGAGGAGAACGAGAAGACGAUCCAGGAGCGGCUCAUCAAUGAGGAGCGUGGCAGGAAGGGCGAGUCCCCCUUCUCGACCGGCCGGGGUGGGGCGGGCAACUUUUCAAGGGACAAGAGCAGGAGCAGGAGCGCCGUCAGGGGCGAGGCGGCCGCUGCGGUUACGCCGUCCAAGGAGGCGGUUCAUGGGCAUGCGACGGGCAGGGGCGGAUGGGGGAACGUCAGGGAGGAGCGCGAGUCGGUGGAUCUCGAGAAGGAGGCAGCCGCUCGCCGAUAUGAAGCUGGCAUUGCGGCUCAACACCGCGCGGACGACGCCGGCAAGGUUCACUCGUCUGGAAAGGGCGGAUUCGGCAAUAUGACCUCCAAAACCCUCACUCCCGAAGAGUUCUCCAAGCUCAAUCUGGAGGAGCAAGAGGCAUUCAAGCGGAUCUCGGCGCAGUCCACUCCGCAGUACGCUACCGGCGGACGAGGUGGCGCUGGCAAUUACCACACCAGGGACCGAGACAAUCUCGCAGUAGACGGCGAGCGCGGCCGGGACAGCAAAUCCGGAAGCGGCGGGAUCGUCGGGAACUUUAUGCGCUCCCUCAGCCGAGCGAAAGGUGGGAGCAACGAGCGGGCUAGGGAUUAG